AUGGCCGACGGGUCAGCACCUCAAGAUACCACAAAGGUCUUCGAGGACAAGAGUGCAACCCUGGAGUUGACCGAGUGCAGCUUCAUGGUGUACUACCUCCAGGCAGUGGUCAUCCUGAGGCACCUCCAACGACCAGGCGUGGUGCAGGAGUGGAUGGUCCGUCAGACAGACGGGUCAGGCAACGCCAUUGUUGGUGUGAAGGAGCACAAGACCGCCACACAGCAAGUUGCCUCGUUUGCCCUGUCACCGGAGGAGGAGUGUUGGUUUGACAUUUACUCCACACGAGUGCAGCCACAACUCCUCAACUCCAAGAAGCGCAAGCGGGAUGACGAGGAGGAGCGGUUCUUCAUCUCCACCGUUGUUGACUUCACCACGAGAGCCCAACUAGCCCAACACACCAAGGGCAAAGAAAGGCAAAGAAAGAAAUUCUGCAAUCUCCAACACAAGACAAUUAACUCAGGUAACAAAGCAGGAAACUCAAAAGAGGAACAGGAGGCAAACCAACACACAAAAACAGACAGAUGGGUAAAGAAUUCUGACAGGGAACUUACCCAGCCCGAGAAGGAGGUCCUAACAAAAGGGCUAAAUUUUGCUGUUACACCAGAACAAGUUCCUAUAGUUGAACUCAUCACAGCUACAGAAUCAGCUAUAAGGAAAAACAACCUGAAAGAAACUGAAGCAGAACAGCUAAGGUUUAAGGUGUCAGCAACCCUGUCCAAUGCUAAGGCUCCACCUUCGAACCUCACCUAUCAUGAAAGAAAAGCUGUGAUGUCCCUAAGCAAGGAUAAGAAAAUCACUAUCCUUCCAGCUGACAAAGGGAGAUGCACAGUAAUUCUGAAUACAAGUGAUUACCAUGCUAAGGUUGCCACUCUUUUAAAUGACACAAGUACCUAUGAAAUAUUGAAGCGAGAUCCGUCCAGUGGCUACAAAAAGGUCAUUGAAUGCCUCCAAAAACUACAACAAGAUGGAGCCCUUGACCGGCCACAAUACCUCCGUCUCUAUCCUCAGGACACCAUUCCAUGCCUAUAUGGACUCCCCAAGGUCCAUAAGGAAGGGGCACCACUCCGACCCAUCGUAAGCAGCAUCAAUUCAGUAACCUACAAUAUCGCUAAGCUUGUAGCCAACAUCUUAGCCCCCCUGGUUGGGAACACACCACAUCAUGUUCGAAACUCGUUAGACUUUGUAAAUAAAAUCAAAGGCUUGAAAAUGGCACAAGAUGAAACCAUGGUGUCAUACGAUGUGACCUCCUUAUUCACCUGUAUUCCAACCAUGGAGGCAGUGGAAACUGUGAGGAAUCACUUGAAACAAGAUCACACACUACAUGACAGAACAAACCUCAAACCAGAUCAGAUUUGCCAGUUACUGGAUUUAUGCCUCACAACCACAUAUUUCCAGUUUAACGGCAACUUCUACAGACAAAAGCACGGCUGUGCUAUGGGCUCACCUGUGUCCCCCAUUGUGGCCAAUCUAUACAUGGAAAUGGUAGAGCGAAAGGCCCUCAACUCCUUCAAGGGAACUCCACCAAGCCAUUGGUUUAGGUAUGUGGAUGACACAUGGGUAAAGAUUAAAACACAAGAUCUACAAGCCUUUACCCAACACAUCAACUCAGUGGACAAGAACAUCAAAUUCACAAGAGAGGAUGUCAAAGACAACCACCUACCUUUCCUUGACUGUGAUGUCCACCUUGCUGGGGACAGGAGCCUCCACAUUGGAGUAUACAGGAAGCCCACGCACACAGACCAAUACCUUCUCUUUGACUCACAUCAUCCACUGGAGCACAAACUGGGUGUUAUCAGAACCUUGCAACACAGGGCUGACAACAUACCAACCUCCACUCGGGCCCAAGCAGAAGAACAUAAACAUCUAAAGGGAGCUCUGAAAACUUGUGGCUAUCCGAGUUGGACUUUUGGCAAAACAACAACACGCUCCAGAAAGAAUACCAACACGGAGGAUGCUGAGAAAAUGAAAGAUAAACGCAGAAACAUCGUCAUUCCAUACGUGUCUGGGGUCUCAGAGAAACUCAGGAGGAUUUUUAACAAACAUCAAAUCCCUGUAUGUUUCAAACCCAGUAACACGCUCAGGCAGAAACUGGUACCUCCCAAAGACAAAACACCACACAAUCAGAAAAGCAACCUGAUAUAUGCGGUCAAAUGCAGUGAGGAAUGCAAUGACCUAUAUAUUGGGGAAACUAAACAACCUUUAAACAAACGUAUGGCCCAACACAGAAGGGCAAACUCUUCAGGCCCUGUCUCAGCUGUCUACUCCCACCUAAAGGAAAAGGCACACUCCUUUGAAGACAGCAAUGUCAAAAUCUUGGACAGGGAGGACAGAUGGUUUGAAAGGGGAGUCAAGGAAGCCAUCUAUGUAAAAGUGGAGAAGCCAUCGCUAAACAGGGGAGGGGGUCUGCGACACCAUCUAUCCCCCAUCGCCUUGCAGUUCACACCUGAGUGUGAAAUCUGGGGGAGUCCCAAACUCACGCUUCCCAUUGGCGGAGAUGCAGGGGACCCCGGCGACUCCGCAUCUAUAAAGAUCCAACAAGAGGUCUCUGCCGACGCAGAUCACGAUCUCUCUUACCUGCAGAAGGAGGAAGCAAAUUCUUCACGGAGGCGCGGACAACUCGACGUUCGUUACCCUCUUAUUAAGUCGACAUUGCUGGUUUUCUUCACUGCCAACAAGAAAUCAGCCGCUGCAACCCUCACGAACGAGGACGGCACCGUCAGGACCACAUCGGAGUAA